AUGAGAGAACAAGUAAUAUUAGACGAUAGUGUUUCAAGUACAAUCGAUUGGAUGAUGUUUAGAAGUAUCGACCAAUUUCAAGAUUACAAUGAAAGUAAAUUUCAUAGUUUGGAAAGUGGAUCGCUUGAAAGUACUAGAAAUCAACUCGAAGUUAUCAAAUUCCUCGUUGAAGUCGCACGACUCGAUGUUGCUCCAUCUAUUCUCAACUUAUCAUAUAAUAGCUUUCAAAUCUUCAAAUAUCUCUAUGAGAAGAUACCAUCGACUACUCAAAUAGAUCCGAGUAAUAUCAGAAUAGAUAUGCUUCUUAGUCAUGGAAAUGAUAUUCUGAUUUAG